AGUGUUAAUGCGGUCUGCAUGCAUUAGUUUUCUUGCAAAGUCUGGCAUAACAUAAAGAAUGAACACUCUUUUAAUUAACAUAAUUUUUGUAACGCUGUUUUGGACUCGUGUCAGUUCAUUUGGGUUUCAGAUGCCGGGCAGAGAGUUCCAGAUGUCUUACGGUUUACCAACUUGCACUGCAGAAAUACGUGAACAGAGCUGUUCAUGCCGGCAACCGGUGUAUAAUUUAAGUGCCAUUCCGACUAAUGUUGAUUUCCUGCAAAUAGGCAUUUUUCCAUGGGAAUUCGAAAUCUGCAGUCCCCGCUAUAUUCUGCCGGUAGUUGAUCCGUUGCCAUCGCUUCCCAAAAUCACGCGUCUUGAUAUCGGGAGUGUUUCAAUGACGUCCGAUGACCCGCCUUUUCCUAUUGCCGCUUUUCUUACCAAUGUCAAGAAACGAGUUGUCCUUUUAUUUAUCCAGAAUACGUUUCUGCCCACCAUUGCGCGGGAUACGUUUGAGGGGUUUUUUGCGUUACUAUAUUUGCAACUGAAGCGCAACCGAAUGUCGACGAUUGCACUCGAUGCGUUUGAAUCGUUUGCACCAGUUAGCGGAAGCGCAUCGUCUUACCAGUUAGGAUUCUUGGAUAUUUCUGACAAUAAUUUCAAGACGUUUGACUGGUCAGUGUUCGAGCCGCUGGCUGCUGACAUUGCAGUAAUUAGCCUAUCCCGCAACAAAAUCUCUGAACUUUCCGUGAGCCAUCCGUUUGUCAUGCGCGACAUACUGCGGGUUUCCCUGGAUGGAAAUAACCUGACGGAUGUGGAGCAGCGUUUCCUGGACAGUCUUUCAGCGUCCGGUUCGAGAUCGGGGCUUAAUUUGCAGUGGAAUCCUCUCUGUUUGGAUGACGAACAAUGCCACUGCUCGUCUUUGAAUAACCUCCGGAAUUUUUUUUCGAAACCAAUCCGCGACUAUCUGCAGCGGAUCCCGGGGAUCCGUAAUUUGUUCCCUGCAAUCCAGGAUAAUGCGCCGAUUUCUGACACAUGGACUUGCGGCAACUAUACAAUUCAGGAACGAUCCGGCUUCCAGACCAAGUUUUCUGACUCAAACAACAGCAGAACGUAUGGAUAUAACAAAUUUGGGGAGACCAUGUUGGGAAAGAACGGCUAGAUUCAGUAUACAAAAAUCACAGGAAGAAGCAAUCUGUUAAGUUCUUCUUCAAACGCAUUUUUACA